UUUACUUGGAGUUUAGGUCUCAGAUGAGCUUAUUGKUGGUGAAAAUGGCGAAACUYAUUGUAGUUGUAAUUCUGCUCUUGCUAGGAAGCGUUUAUGGAAGACCAAAAGGCAAAGCACGUGGAGAAGAGAAAGCAGAAGAACAGAAAUUUCAGAAAUUCAUAGGGCAACUGAAGAAAGCUUUGGAAUCCAAAAACCCGGAGGACGGCAUUAAAAAAGCUCUAGAAUUAUGCGAGACUUUAAAGAAAAUGGUUUGCCCCGCCGAACCAGAUGAGAACGCUGCAAAAAAGCCCUCGGCCAAGAAGCUUACUACUAAAAAAGGGUGGCUAAUACGUCUAGCUGAAAACAUUCUGAAGAAACCAACCCACAAAGAAUAUAUAAAAUUGCUUUUCAUGUCUGAGCAAGAUAGAUUGGCAAGCAUUCUAUGCAAACCAAAGAUUGCCGCAGAUCCAAACAGCCCAAGCAAAAAACUGACAAUCGGACGAGAUGUUAGCUACGAUGAAUCCUUGAGUUUCUUAGUACAAAGAAAGAAAAGAUCCUUGAAAACGGGAAAUGAGAAGAGAGCCCGACCAUUACCUGGACUCGAAAUGCAAGUGGGUGAGAAGGGAAAUGACGAUAUCGAUAAAGAUGGGGAAGAGCUUAGCAGGCAGGAUGAUAGUGAUGAAUUCGAAUUUUCAACUGUAGUACCCCCAGGUAUUGCUAACUUAGAAAAGCUAAACACUGGAUCUUCUUUGACAACAACGACCCUGGGCGUCGACGGUCAGUUUGACGAGGCCAUUGUGAUCGACCCCAAUCAUCCCGAUGAGCUACUUGAUCGUCCUAACGAUGAACCAAAAUCUACACAUGACGGACAAGAUGAACACGACAAAAAUCCUCCUUCAGAUGUUAAAAGAGUAAUUCUUGAACAAAGCAAAGUGCCUCUGGACGAUUUGCUUGAUGCCGAUGAAGAACCGCUGAUUGAAAAGAAAAGUGGGAUUCCGGACAGCACCAGCAGAGACGAAAGUCUUGACGCAUCCAAAGACGUGAUGAAGGAGGAGACGAUGGGUCAGUUAGAUGACGACGUCCCGAUAGAAAAACCUAAAGUUGGCAGAGAGAUAAAGUACGAGGAAGAUGACGAGUCAUGAAACACUUGAACAACGUUGUAUUCUACCAUGGUUAUGAUUUAUAAAGGAAGUUAUAUUAUAUUGAAUCUAUAUUGAUGGAAAAUAUUUAUUAAU